AUGAAUAAUGAAUGUGCAGCGGCAACAACAACAACAGCAGCAGCAACUAGAGCAACACCACAAAUAGCAGCAGCAACAGCAGCAGCAGUAGCCAUUACCACCACCAAUACCAACACAAGCACCAGUACUACCACUACAACAAAAACAGCAAUAAUAACUCAAACAAUUAUAACAACCGUACAAACCGUACCAGUAACGACAAUAUCAACAACCAUUUGUCAACCAUAUAUAGCAACAGCUGUUGUUACAACAACGGGAGCGACAACAACAACAGCAACGUUACAACAACGUACUACCACCAUUCAGCAACAGCAACACCAACAACAGCAGCAACCGCUGUUGUACACGUGCGCCACCGCUUCAUUGGCGGCAUCAUCCUCUUCAAUUAUUGCUCAACCGCCGCCAAGCAAGAUUUUUAAAACGGAUCAUUUGUGUGUGAACGCCUACAGUUUGCCCACCGCUGCUGUUGCUGCUGCUGCUGGGCAUCCUUGUGUCUAUUGUGUCAUUCCCGUAGUGCAACCGCUUAUGCCUUACAAUUGUCAGGAUUUGGGUCUACGGCCUCAAGUUGGAUCUCAUUAA